GAAGUAGGAAAGGAUCCUCUUCCAGUCGCCACACAACGAACCUACGGCUGCUUUUAUUCCACUUUAUUCCUCUGAGCGAGUGAAACUCACAGCCGGGACACUUUUGAAUGGAAAACAAGGCGGCUCAGCUCGUUGUGUUUUGUGUUUUGUUGUGUCUUUUCCGCGGACGGACGGAUGACGGAGGGGGAUGGUGGCAGGAUUCCGACGUCAGGCUGGAAGAUGAAGGUCCUUGUAACAUCGAUGUUCUGCACAGCUCGUCUCUCUCGCACCAGCAGUUCCUCCACAGAUAUGCGUACAGCAGACCCGUCAUCAUCAGAGGGCUCACGGACAACACGAAAUUCCAGCUCUUGUGCUCCAAGUCCAACCUGCUGGGAGAAUACGGCUCCCGGAGCGUGAGGCUCAGCACCGCCAACACGCACUCCUACAGGAAAGUGGACGUUUCCUUCCAGGACUACGUGGAGCGGCUGCUGAAGCCUCAGUCCGCCGGCGCCCUCGGCAACGACACGCUGUACUUCUUUGGAGACAACAACCUGACGGAGUGGCGGGGCCUGUUGGACCAGUACGAGCCGCCGCCGUACGUGCUGCCGCGCAGCAGCGGCGCCUACAGCUUCGGCAUCGCAGGUCCUGGAACCGGAGUUCCCUUCCACUGGCACGGGCCCGGGUUCUCGGAGGUCGUCUAUGGCAGGAAGCGGUGGUUCCUCUACCCCCCGGACCAGCAGCCUCACUUCCACCCCAACCGCACCACCCUGUCCUGGCUGACGGAGACGUACCCGCACCUGCCGGAGGACGAGGCUCCGCUGGAGUGUACGAUCCGACCUGGAGAGGUGCUGUACUUCCCCGACCGCUGGUGGCACGCCACGCUCAACCUGGACACCAGCGUGUUCAUCUCCACCUUCCUGGGCUGAAGUUCCUGCACACUCGUCUCUCAGGGAAUCCAGGAGCUGGGAUUGGUUUUUAAUAUCUUUUAAUCCUGAGUGACGCUCGUCUCACUCCAGCAACGUUUAGGUGAUGGUGGCUCCUCGCUGCAGCUCUGGUUUCCUAGAUAAAUCUAAAACUGCUGCGUAUUUGAGGAUCAGGGGGGGAAAUGCGCCGUUGUAGCUCCAUCCUGAAGAGUUUCACCUCCGACUGCAGCUACUGAGUCCAAGCUUAAAUCCACGAGGACGAUCCAGACAUACAAGCUCAGCUUUGAUGAGCAGUAUUUAAGGAGAAAUAAGGUCUGUCUUCAUUUGCAGCCACUGAUAUGAUCCCGUUUAAAGCCUCCAUAUGUAGUAAUACCACAUCUACCCACACGGGGCCCAGAUCUGCUAUAUUGACUAAAACUGGCACGGUCCCACCAGAGGUGGGACAGGAACUGACCCCUGACCUGGGUCAUGUGCUGCCCCCGUGUGGUCAGGAGUGGUAUUUAUUCCUACCGGGUACAGAGGGACGAUUUGUAAUAAAUGCUAUAUAAAUAAAACUUAAAUGAGUACCUUU